AGCGAUCGUCAACUAUUACAGCUGGUAAUCAUGGUUUCCAAAGUGGCUCUCCUCCUCGCCGUCCUGGUCUGCAGCCAGUAUAUGGCCCAGGGCGUCUAUGUCGUCUCCAAGGCGGAGUGGGGUGGUCGCGGCGCCAAAUGGACCGUAGGCCUGGGCAACUACCUCAGCUACGCCAUCAUCCACCACACCGCCGGCUCCUACUGCGAGACCCGUGCCCAGUGCAACGCCGUGCUGCAGAGCGUCCAGAACUACCACAUGGACUCCCUGGGCUGGCCCGACAUCGGCUACAACUUCCUGAUCGGCGGAGACGGCAACGUGUACGAGGGGCGUGGCUGGAACAACAUGGGCGCCCACGCCGCCGAGUGGAACCCCUACAGCAUCGGCAUCAGCUUCCUGGGCAACUACAACUGGGACACCCUGGAGCCGAACAUGAUCUCCGCCGCCCAGCAGCUGCUCAACGACGCCGUCAACCGUGGCCAGCUCAGCUCCGGCUACAUCCUGUACGGUCAUCGCCAGGUCAGCGCCACCGAAUGCCCCGGCACUCACAUCUGGAACGAGAUCCGCGGCUGGUCCCACUGGUCUGGUUAGAGUGGUUCCUGAAAAGGUUAUAAAAUAGUUUGAAUGAUAUAAUAGCGAAUUCUAUAUUUUCGGGGAUUCGGGUAUUGAUUUGAAUGCAGUCGUUUAAAGGGCAAAGAAGGGGACAUCCAAUUGCAAAGUCCUGCUCCUAUUAUCCAUCUUUGUUUUGCAACUGAACGCUCACGUUCAACUGUCCAAGUAUUCAUUCCCUCCCUUUUACUGAAACUUUUCAAAUUUAUAAAAUCAUGAGGAUGUGUGCCUGCUCAGAAAGUUACAGAACAUCGUCCGAACUCUUUUUUUGGAAGUAUUUUAGUUAUUUCUUUCAUGGAAAGCCAAAGCGGGUAAUACAAAAAUGUAAAAUUAACUUUCAAAACCGGACUGGGAUAUUAAAUACCGCCAAAACCAGCGGUCAACUUCACAAUCGGUAGCAGACCAGAGCCAACUAUUUGCCACUUGAACCGCAGUCUCAUUAACGACAUCCUCGUUAACAAAGUUGCUCUGAAUGGGUUUCAGUUGUUUUUGUGCUUAAUAACUUGCUUAAGCUUUCAGUUUUUAAGUUCAACUCCGUCCUGCCAUAAGGAAAGCACUUGGUGGCACUCGGUUGGUUGGACAAAGUGGAUUGACAAAGUGGUUACAGCCCAACGCACUCACCUUGCUGUCCCUCUGCAGGUCUUUCGAGCUGCACUUCUACUUCCGUGAUUACCUGUUACUUAUCAAGAUUUACGCGCUAUGUCUGGUCAUUGGAAAGCGAAAUUUCUGCAAGUCAGCUACCUUAACUUGUGGCUGAUAAGAUGAACUAUAGUUCUGUAAUGCCCCCUUUUAAUCAGUUGUUUAAUAAUUUUUGUUAUAACUAAAUACGUUAUAGUACCCAGCUCAGCAAGCACAAACCAUUUUAAAUAAAUAAUUUAACAUAUUCAUAUACGGUGGGAAACAUUUCAUACGGACAGCCGGAUGGAUAUACGGACGGGUUGACAGAGGGACGAAAAUAUGGUCGGAAACGCUACCUUCUACCUAUUAACAUACCUAUCGAUAAAUCUAUUCUACCCCUUUUACAUAACCUAAACUUAUAUUGU